AUGCUACAGAGAAGAUGUUCCCUGUGCUUUGUGGAGUUUCUGAUUGCUGUCAUCACCAACACCAUCUAUCACCUUCAUCAUCAUCACCGUCACCACCACCUUCAUCACCAUCAGCACCACCGAUGUUAUUAUCACCAACUCCAUCUCACUAUCACCUUCAUCAUCAUCACGGUCACCACCACCUUCAUCACCAUCAUCACCAUCAGCACCACCGAUGUCAUUAUCACCAACUCCAUCUCACUUCACCUUCAUCAUCACCACCAUCACCAGGACCAUCAUCACCAUCUCACUAUCGCCUUCAUCAUCAUCCUUAUCACCAUCACCACCACCUUCAUCAUCAUCCUCAACUCAGCAUCACCACCACCUUCAUCAUCAUCAUUCUCAUCACCGUCACAGUCACCUUCAUCCCCAUCAGCACCAUCAGCACCACCGAUGUCAUUAUCACCAACACCAUCUCACUAUCACCUUCAUCAUCACCAUACUCAUCACAGUCAUCAUUACCACUGUCACCAGCACCACCACCAAUCACCUUCAUCAUCACCAUCAGCACUGUUAUCACUACCAUCACCAUCGUCACCAGUACCACCAACGCCUCCAUCACUGUUGUUAGGAGCUGUCGAGUAA